ACACACACACGCAAACACACACUUACACACGUCUAGUAAAUAAGGCUGUUUGCCCAGCACACACACGCAAACACACAAACACGCACCGGUUCUUAUCUUCUAGCAGUCAUCCUCAUCUCUCCAUCAUGCACAGCAAAGAUCAUAUCAGCCAUGAGGAUUACCAGAAGACAGCCGACUGGUUGAUGUCCCAGACCAAGCACCGCCCCCAGGUGGCCAUCAUCUGUGGCUCCGGACUGGGCAUGCUCGCUGACACUCUCAAAUGUCAGGACUCCUUUGCUUACGCUGACAUACCCGGCUUCCCUCAGAGCACAGUUCAGGGUCACGCAGGCCGACUGGUUUUCGGGGAGCUGAAAGGGAAGGCGUGCGUGUGCAUGCAGGGCCGCUUCCACAUGUACGAAGGACACCCGCUGCUGAAGACGACUUUCCCUGUGCGGGUCUUCAAGCUGAUGGGGGUGGAGACGCUGAUCGUGACAAACGCCGCCGGCUCAUUGGCCGACGGGCUCCGGCCUGGCGACAUCAUGAUCAUCAAGGACCACGUCAACUUCCCGGGACUGGUGGGCCUGAACCCUCUAUGUGGACCCAACGACGACAAGUUUGGGCCUCGCUUCCCAGCCAUGUCCGGUUGCUACGACAAGGGACUGCGCUGCCUGGCGAUGGAGAUAUCCAAGCAGCUGGGCGUGGCCGGGCUCGUGCAGGAGGGCGUGUACGCCAUGGUGGGCGGACCCAACUUCGAAACCAUCGCCGAGGCCAGACUGCUGCACCGGCUGGGGGUGGACGCCGUCGGUAUGAGUACGGCCCCCGAGGUUGUCGUGGCGACUCACUGUGGCCUGAGAGUGUUUGGCCUCUCUCUGAUCACAAAUAAGGUGGUGAAGAGCUACGAGGACACGGACAGCGUGAACCACGAAGGCGUCCUGGAGGUUGGCCGGUUGCGUUCCCAAACUGUGCAGCAGCUGGUGACCGAGCUGAUCAGCAGGAUGGAAAUCAAUAAUAAUGAUAACACCAAUAAUGCUGUCUAAACACACACACACACACACAAACACACACACACACACACACACA